UUACGCUAAAACGUGUGCAUGUUUGCUCGCUCGUAGUGCAGUAAUGGCGACUUCAGGUCCUCCUACUUCGUACCAGAACGUUCUGAGGGACAAGCAGAUCGCCGCCCUGAAGAGAAUGCUCAACCUGAACCAGCCCACUCCGCGGGGCUCGGUGGCGGCCAGCGAGCCAGUCUGGAAGGUCCUUAUCUACGACAAGUUUGGCUCUGACAUCAUCUCUCCACUGCUCUCAGUGAGGGAGCUGCGCGACCUUGGAGUCACCCUUCACCUGCAGGUGGACGCAGGGAGGGAGCAGAUAUCGGACGCGGUGGCGGUGUAUUUCCUGAUGCCCACGGCGGCCAACGUGGCGAGGAUCUGCCAGGACUGCAGAGCCCAGCUCUACGACAAGUACUACUUGAACUUUGUGACUGCUAUUCCCAGGCCUCUCCUGGAGGAGGUGGCCAAAGCCAGUCUGGAGGCUGACUGCGUCCCUCAGAUUGGGAAGGUGUAUGAUCAGUACUUAAACUUUAUAUCUUUGGAAGACGACUUCUUUGUUCUUCGUAACCAAAUGCUGGGGGAAGUAUCCUACUAUGCUCUGAACAGACCAGAUGCAUCAGACGAAGAGAUUCAGAGAAUCUGCGACUCGAUCGUGGAAUGUCUGUUUUCAGUCUUUGUCACCUCUGGGACAGUGCCAAUCAUACGAUGUCCUCGAGGUAAUGCAGCGGAAAUGGUGGCCCAGGCUCUGGAUAAGAAGCUACGAGACAAUGUCAGAGAUCCUCGCAACAGUAUGUUCACUGGAGACUCCACCGCCAUUGCUCAGCUCAGCUUCAGUCGUCCUCUGCUGGUCAUUCUUGAUCGGAAUGUGGACCUGGCCACACCCCUCCACCAUACCUGGACCUACCAGGCCCUAGUCCACGACAUGCUGAACUUGGACCUAAACAGAGUUACGCUGUUGACGGCAGAUGAUGAACCUCCUCCCUCCCCUACCUCAUCGCCACAGCAACGAACCUAUGACCUCUUGCAUUCGGAUAGGUUUUGGGAGCAGCACCGCGGCAGUCCAUUCCCAGCAAUGGCGGAUGCAGUUCAAGCGGAGGUUGACCGCUACAAGACAUCGGAGGAAGAGAUGAAGAGUCUCAAGUCAGCGAUGGGUGUGGAUGAUGACGAGUCAGAGGAUUCUGACCUACUCACAGACAAGACCUCGAAACUGGGGUCUGCCAUCAAAUCGCUGCCUGAACUGAUGGAGAAGAAAAAGAGUAUUGACAUGCACACCAACAUCGCCACUGCCCUUCUGGAGCAAAUCAAGGAAAGGAAGCUGGAUGUGUUUUUUGAAAUGGAAGACCGGAUGAUUUCCAAGUCCUCACUGGACAAGACAGUGCUGGACAUGAUCUCUGACACUGCAGCCGGAACCCCAGAGGACAAAAUGAGACUGUUCAUCAUCUACUACAUCCUCUCACCUGACAUUGCCGAGGCAGAUGUUGUACAGUAUACAUCGGCACUGGAGGCAGUGGGAGCAAACACAGCGCCACUCACCUACCUCGGACACUGGAAGUGAGAACUUCUUUCUCUCUCUCCUCAUUCUUUCCUCAUUCUUUCCUUCUCCAUUAGAUCACUGUCAAAGAUGAAGGCUCCCCGGCCACUGGGCAGCUACACUGCCUCCACCACCUCCGUCAGUUCCGUGGUGUCAACCAUGUCCAAUUGGAUGAACUCUGGCUCAAAGUGGAUGGAGGGGGUCAAAAAUCUAGUGGUGGGGACCAAGAACCUGCCAGUGACUAGGAUUGUAGACCAGCUGAUGGAGCAUAGGACGACAGGGCAAGUGACGGAGGACUACUGUUACUUUGACCCCAAGCAGCUGCGUCCCACAGACAGUCGCCCCGCCCCUCAAUCCAAGACACCGUUCACUGAGGCCUUUGUGUUUGUGGUAGGAGGUGGUAACUACAUUGAGUAUCAGAACUUGCAGGACUACUGCAGUCGACAGCAGACCGGCAGACACGUCACAUACGGCACUAGUCAACUGAUGAACGCCAGGCAAUUCCUGGACCAGCUGGCCGAACUAGGGACAAGGGACUAGAUCACAUUAUGUCCAGAAACUAUAAUUCUCGUUUAAUUUAUAACUUUUUUACAAACAAAACAGCAUGAAAUUCACAAUGUGCCACAUUUGCAGAUUACAUAAAAACAAAUUUUGGUGUUAAUAAAUACGAUUGGUUGCUGGGGAUCGAAUGCGGUAAAAAAGUGAGAAAUGAUGUGAGAAAUGACAGUUCAAUACAUACACAGUGUGCAGUGAUCACAUGACCAGUCACGUGAUGUGGGUGGACUAAUCUCCGGAUAUGACAUUCAUCUCCAUGCAGAGUGCAGAGAACCUGGGCCGGGCCUCUGGAUCCCUCUGCCAGCACUGAACCAUGGCUCGCGUCAUGUGACCAGGGCAGCUGUCCGAGGGUGGGAGGGGCAACGUGAGCCCCUGCGGAACCCUCACCAGAACCUCCUCGUCAGCCACGCCCUCAAACGGGAGUUCCCCAAACGAGAAUACCUCCCAACACAAGACCCCGAAACUCCAGAUGUCGCUGUGGAGCGAGAAGGCGGGCCCGUCGUCUGUGGCAACCAGGAGCUCGGGCGGCAUCCAGCGAAUGGGGAGGAGCUGCGACCCGUUGUCAUAGUAAUCAGUUUGGUAGAGGUCGUGACCUAUGCCGAGGUCUGCGAUCUUGACGUGGUUGUCGGAAGAUACGAGGCAGUUGCGAGUGGCCAGGUCUCCGUGGAUGAUCCUCUGUGAGAAGAGGAACGCCAUUCCGUCUGCUACCUGGAGCACCAGUCGAGACAGUGUGGUGGGAGAGAGAGGAGUCGGUCUGCCCGCCACCGGGCGGUUCGCCAGCAGGUACUUCUUCAGAUCACCCUGGUCCAGGUAUUCGUAUAUGACGUAAUAGGGCUCAGUGUCGGUACACAGGCCAAGGAUGCAGGCGAUGUGUUCGUAGUCAAUCCUCAUUUGGUUGGCAAAGUCCACAAGUGCCAGGUCGGGCUGGAACUGGUCCUCUCCGUCCCCACUCCGUACCAACACCUUCACCACCACCUGAGUUGUUUCCUCGUGAGAGACGAUGUUUCUGGCCACCCCCAGAACCACGGGCCCGAACUCUCCCUCACCUAGAUCUGCUCCCAAUGUGAGUUUGGCGCGAGGGUAGUUGGGCAGAGUGGCAGUGAGCGAGCUCUGGUCGUCGCUGCUAAACAUGCUGUCGGUCCCCCCGGUCCCGGGGGUCUGGAGAACGGGGGAGGGGGCCGGGGGGGUCACCGAUCGCUGGAGCUCAGACACUGCAGCCGCCCUGUCAAAAGUAGCCAGCGGAGGGUGAACUGGGUAGAGCCCGUUCCUGAAUCCCUGGGGCUCUGCGAAGCCGUUAACAUCGUCAAACACAGGGGCCGCCCCGCCAUCCUUGUGACUGGAGGCUCUACU